AUGGCGCAACAAGGGCAGGGAAGCAUGGACCCUGCAGCUCUCGACGACAUCAUUCAGCGUUUGCUUGAUUACCGAAACCCUAAGCCUGCGACCAAACAGGCUAUGCUCAACGAGUCUGAGAUCCGUCAGCUUUGCUUCGUCUCCAGAGAGAUAUUCCUCCAACAGCCCAGUCUCCUUGAGCUCGAUGCCCCCGUCAAGAUCUGCGGGGAUAUACACGGCCAAUACUCAGAUCUCUUGAGGCUUUUCGAGUACGGAGGCUUCCCUCCCGAAGCAAACUACUUAUUCUUAGGAGACUACGUCGACCGCGGGAAGCAGAGUUUGGAGACAAUCUGUCUUCUUCUUUCCUACAAGAUCAAAUACCCUGAGAACUUUUUCCUCCUGAGAGGCAACCACGAAUGCGCAUCGAUCAACAGAAUCUACGGAUUCUACGACGAAUGCAAACGGAGAUUCAGCGUGAAGCUGUGGAAAGUGUUCACAGACACUUUCAACUGCCUCCCUGUGGCUGCUGUCAUAGACGAGAAGAUACUCUGUAUGCACGGUGGGCUCUCUCCUGAUCUUGACAACGUGGAACAGAUCAAGAACAUUGAGCGUCCAGCUGAUGUUCCGGACUCUGGUUUGCUCUGUGACCUUCUUUGGUCUGAUCCUAGUAAAGACGUCAAAGGGUGGGGGAUGAAUGAUCGUGGCGUCUCCUACACUUUUGGACCUGACAAAGUCGCUGAGUUUCUGAUAAAGAACGAUAUGGAUUUAGUAUGUCGUGCCCACCAGGUUGUGGAGGAUGGGUAUGAGUUCUUUGCAGAUAGACAGCUUGUGACUAUAUUUUCAGCUCCCAACUACUGUGGUGAGUUUGACAAUGCGGGUGCGAUGAUGAGCGUCGACGAGAGCCUAAUGUGCUCUUUCCAGAUUCUUAAGCCAGCGGAUCGGAGGCCACGGUUCUUCUGA